AUCAGCAGCGCGGCAUGGGAAUUCUUCAAAUAACGCCUAUGCUCAGUCAGCACAUCCACGACGUACAUUCUCAUCAUGGCUUCAGUGCAACCUCAGGAAAUCGUUUUUAAGCACGUCGAUGGCCUUGAUAUUGCCAUGGACGUCUAUGUGCCGGAAUCUGCUACGCCCAAAUCUCCUGCACCUGUUGUUCUCUGGUGGCACGGAGGGGGAUUGUUGCAGGGAACUCGGAAAGCGGCCUCACCUCACCAGCUCCGUUCGCCUUCAUCCCACAAUCUCUGUUUCAUCUCUGCAGACUACCGCUUAGCACCUCAAUCCAAGUUUCCAGCCAUUCUCUCGGACUGCAAGGCCGCUAUCGACUUUCUCUUCACACCCGAGUUUGCCUCUGCUACAGGCAACCGUGUUAAUCCCAACAAGCUCAUCCUCAGCGGGAGCUCCGCAGGCGGGUGGUUGUCACUCUUGUGUGGGACUGGUAUCGGAUUCAAAGCGAGUGGCCUUGAGCCGCCCGAGAAGGAGCGUGUCAAAGGUAUCGCACCGUUGUAUCCUAUCACGGACCUGUUGGAUCCGUUCUGGACGACGAAGCAGUACCCAGUAUCAUACUAUAAACGCGUCAUCGAUAAGGAGGAACUCGGAUCGUUCCUUGAUCACAAUGGAGACGAGGUGGCUUCGUGCGCGUUGGAUAGCCCGAGGAAUACAUUCUAUCAUUAUAUGAUACAGGAAGCCAUCCUGGCCGAUCUUUUGUUGGCGGGCGAGUCGAUUGAACCAUCGGCGUAUAGUGUUGCUCCAGCUCUCAAGUCUGGUAACUACGAGCUACCGCCAACGUAUAUCGUUCAUGGGGACAUCGAUGAUAAGGUUCCCGUGCAACAAUCUAGAGAUGUCGUUGCAGCUGCUGGGCUCGAUGCUCGUGUACAUUAUGAUGAGCUGGAAGGCGUGGAUCAUUUGUUCGACAGGGACCCUUCCUGCGACAUGGAGAAUAUGUAUAGUUUCAUGCACAGGGUCUUCGGUACUCUUUGAAAGAGGUGGUUUUGAGGUAUUGUUACUGCGUACUUCGUUUCAAUUGCACUAUCGAAUUCGCUUGAGAAGGUUGAGUAGAGUGGUCUCUAUAGUACAAAUACAA